AUGGCCGAUCUGAGUGAAACUCGAAAGGAGGUGGUGAAGAGGGAGGUCGAGACUCAACUUGCAACAAUGCACAAUUUAACAUCGAGCAAAAUCGGUAGACCAUCGGGUAUCAUCAACCCUCCUUGUCGUAUCCUGAGAAAGACAGAUGACCAGAUGUGGAAGUCACCAACCAAAGACGAUGCAUAUGUUUUCUGCCACCUGUAUCUCUUCCAGCAUAACAUCAUCGUGGACCCAGUGACCUUGAAAAUCAAGGCUAUCAUCGAUUUCGAAUACUCGGGCUUUUGGCCUAUACAAUUUGAGCUCCGUUUUUAUACAAGACUUGGCCCUUCAGUCGCUCACGAAGGAUAG